AUGGUUCGAUAGUAAAAUCAUAGAUAAAAUCGGUUUUAUUUUAUCUUAUCUGUGAUAUUUUCCGUAGUACUCUAUACGAUGCCGGUAAAGUUGUUAUUGAUAUCUAAUAGCAUCUGCGUACUUACCACGGUUUAUAUGCUGUGGAAUAGACUUAAAAGUGUGAUAAGUACUAACAAAAAUCAUACAAAAUUCAUUUUUAUUAUCAUGCUGUAAUAAAUAAAAAAAUAUUUAAAUCCAAAAUACUCUGUUCUCUAUGUCUAGUGAAUAUUAAAUCUUAACACCCAAAAUUAAUUCAACUCUGUCAUGUAUUUCAAUUUCACAAUUAAGUAUUUUUAAUUUAACUAUCGGAGUCAAUAAUGAGUUGUUUUAUGAGUAGAUUUUGCAGUCAUAGAUCUUUAAGUAGAUUGCACAAACUAUCCAACUCGCGCUCUUCACUUAUAAAUCCACAUUAUUAUCGUAGGAGAGCCUAUAAUUCAAGUGAAUCAUUGUUUUAUCCAACAGUAUUUACAUUAUCAGUUAGUACUGGUGCAAUUGUUGUAGCAUCUAUUUGUGAAUAUGAAAGAUUUUCAAGUACUGCAAAAAAAUUGUCAAAUUCAAUUUUUGAUGAAUUUUUUGUACAAAAUGCUGAAAGAAACAAUCAGAACAUAUUUUCACAAAUUAAAAAGUUGUGGUAUGAUUUACCAGCUUCAAGAAAAGUGUUUGCUGUUAUUGUAUCAAUUAAUGCUCUUGUAUUUUUUGCAUGGAAAAUACCACGAUAUGAAUCUGUAAUGAUAAAAUAUUUUAUGACUGAUGCUCUUGCUAAAAAAAUUCCAGUUUCAUCAUUACUUCUCAGUGCUUUCAGUCAUAGCUCACCAUUGCAUUUGUUAUUCAACAUGGUUGCCUUGAAUUCAUUCUGUGCCGGUGUUAUACACCCUUGGGGCUCAAUGUCUCCUGAAGAAUUUAGUGCUAUGUAUUUAAGUGCUUGUGUUGUUUCAUCUCUAACUAGUAUUCUUUUUAGAAGAAGUUUUGGUUUGGUUGGCAAUAGUUUAGGAGCUUCUGGAGCGAUCCUUACAGUUGUUAGUUAUUUUGCUGUGACACAUCCUAAUGAGCAACUAAGUAUAAUUUUUUUGCCUGGUAUUCAUUUUGAUGCUAUUGUUGGAUUAGGUGGACUUAUGUGUUUGGAUACUAUGGGAUUAAUACUAAGAUGGCAAAUGUUUGAUCAUGCUGCUCAUCUUGGUGGAGCAGCGUAUGGAAUUUUUUGGCAUAAUUAUAUAUCCAAAUAUGUAUGGGGAAACAGAAAAUAUAUUGUAGGGAAAUGGAUAAUUGCCAAAACAUUUACAAAGAAAUUAUUUGGACAACAAAGAUAACGUUUAACAAUAAUAACAUUUUAAAUUGCUCUUCUACAAAUAUAUUUUAUUAAUUCACUGUUGUUAAAAGAAAAAAAUCAAGUUUAGAAUAAAUGUAUAUUUUUAAUUUCAA